GCCCACCCUUUUAAUUGUAGUAGUGUCAUUGUGCCAUGUCGAAACAAUCUCUCCGCCUUGAACGUUACUGGGGCAAAAGUGAAGUGAGAAAGAUGAUUUAACCAACUGCCUCACACCAACCAAGUGUCUCGUCGUACUCUCAUAAUGAGGGAUCGACCCGAGGUGAAAGCGUUUGCUUGUCUCAUGCUUGGCAUCUUUGCGUGUUUAUUGUUCCAUUUUAAGUUCAGCCAAAACAAUCAACUGAAAGGUGUAGUGAUCGUCAGUCGAUUCACUACCAAGAAAUAUGGCUUAUCAUCUGCACAUAACAUAAAGGACAGUACCAAUGAGCCUGAACACACCCACUUUUCUCCCCAUCUCGGAAACUUGUCCCCCACUCCAUGGGGGGUAUUUGAAGACAGUCUCACCGAUGACAAUAAAACAACAUUGCAUCCUUCCUCAACUUCGUCUGAAGGAAACGAAACCACUACUACGACCAGUGAUGGCAAUACCUUCACAACCACGGCCAAUGAGGGGUUCUCGACCACAAGCGAGAAACCAAUCGAGCCCCCACCGGAGGAGUCCAAUUUGAUUGCUAUUCUUUUGGGAACUUUCAUACCAUUAGUGGUUCUGAUCAUAGUGGGAUUUAUCCUUUUCCGUGUUUGGAAACACAAGAAGCCCAAAGUCAAGCUCGCCAAUAAAGUGUCCCAAUAUGAGCGUCGUUUGUCGUGCCAUCCCAUGUCUGUUCGCGAAUUCAAUUCUCAAUUCCACAUUCGACUUCGAGAUGGUGAUGUAAACAAGGAGUUUGAGUUGCUCCAAGAAUAUGGAAACUCGCUUCAAAUGAGGCGUCCCAGAAACAUUGGCCAAAUGGACAUUAAUAAGCCCAAAAACCGAUUUGUGGACAUUAUUCCCUAUGACCACUCUCUGGUUCGAUCAACGGUUCCAGAUUUCUACAUUAAUGCUUCUGUCAUCACAGGUCCUCAUUUGGAUGAUUAUUUCAUUGCCGCCCAAGGGCCGAAGCGAAAUACGUGCGUGGAUUUUUGGAACAUGGUUUUGGAACAGAAGGUCGAGGUUAUUGUUUGCUUGACCAACAUUAUAGAGAACGAUCGAGUGAAAUGCUUCGAAUAUUGGCCCAAUGACGGGGAAAUGCUCCACUUCGACGAGCUUAGCCUUUACACAACAUCAGAAGUCAGUCUACAAAAUGACGUGGGAGUGAUUAGAACCAUUGAAGUCACUAAGGAGGAGGAGGACUCCAAAGUGGAUCCGAUCACGUAUCGAGUGACUCAAUACCACAUGACCUCGUGGCCAGACCAUGGCGUGCCCGAAUCCACGUCGGCCGUUUUGCAAAUGUGUUCGUCGUUGAUGCAGUUCAAAAAUGGCGAACGAUCAAAGCCCGAAAAAUUGCUCCCAGAGGGCCGAAUCAGUGGUCAGAGAACAAACCCGCCCAUUGUAGUUCAUUGUAGCGCGGGGGUAGGACGGACUGGCACAUUCAUCGGGGUGCUCAUGGUUCUCCGUCAAAUAGAAAUUUGUCACUCCUCGGAAGUGGAUAUUGCCUCGCUAGUCAAAAGCAUGCGAGACCAACGCCCCAAGAUGGUCCAAUCGUUCGAUCAAUACAUCUUCAUAUACCAUUGCGUCAAGGACUUCAUCAAUCAAAAAACUGGCCUUGUAGAGAUGAGCGUGUGACGGUGCAGACAAGGGAAGUGAACGCGUUAUUUUGAUUGGCACACCCAUGCAAUGAUCCAACGACGAGACUCAAUAUUGAUUUGUUUUCUGCUCUUGUGAAAUGGAAUGUACCUUGUAUUUGUUAAAACAUGAAAUAGUCAAAAAGCAACGACCUU